AUGUUUCCGUCUAAUGAGAUAUUUAAGAAAAGAAAUUGUAAUAAUUUUUGCAAUAUCCAAAUCAUUAUCAUUCUCCUUCUCUUUUCUCUCUUUCUCUUUUUUCUCCUGCUUACUGUUAUUCUUUUUCUCCCUCUAUUCCUCUCUGCCCCUUCUCACUUCCUCUUCUCUUCUCUCUCACUCUCCUCUUCUCUCUCUCUCUCUCUUACUCCACUCUUCUUCUGUCUCCGUCUCUAUUUCCCUCUCUGUUCCUUCUCUCUUUUUUCUCUUACUCUCCUCUUCUAUAUCCCUCUCUCUACCCAUCUCUCUUUCCCCUCUCUCUCUCUCUCUUCCCCCGCUUUUCUUCUCUUUCACACCCAUCUUCUCUCUCACCAUCUCCCUCUUCCUCUCUUUUCCUCCAUUCUUUUCUGUCAUUCUUCCCUUCACUCUCCCUCUCUCUUCCUCUACUCUUCUUCUCCCUCACUAUUCUUUUCUCUCCCUCUCUCUCUCUCAUCUCUCUUUCACUCUCAGUUUCUGCUCUCUUAUUCUCCUUCUCUCUCGUCUUCUCUCUUUCUACCCAUCUCUCUUUCCCUCUCUCUUCCUACUCACUUCUUCACUCGCCCUUUUUUCUUCUCUUUCCCUCACUCUUCUCUCCAUAUAUCUUCUAGCUUCUUUCUUUCUCUCUCCCUCUCUUCUCCAUUACGACAUGAUAUCUUUUUACCUGCAACUCGGAUUUGA